AUGAAACAUGCAGAUAUUUUGGACCAGUAUGAAAUGAACAUGGCUGAUGGAAAUAUAACACCUGACGUUCUAGAACAUUUAUCUCAAAGAACUACACAGAACCAUAGAGAUGGUAUAUUUGGUGAAGAGUUUAGAAAGAAAGUUAGGGAGAGAGAAGGAAGAGAACCUAUUGUACAUGACCUUGCAAACGAAAGUUUACAAAAUGUCAUAAAAACUUACUUUGCAGACAAUGAACCGAGAAGGGAUGAAUAUUUAAGAAAACUCAAAUGGACAGUACCAAAUGAAAUGUUAGUAUUGAAAAACAUGUUCCUUGACAAAAUAAAACCAACUACAGAAAUAAACGACGCAAGACUGAAAGAUUGGGUAGAAGCUUUCCCAUUCACAAAAGAUAUAGUUGGUAACAUGGAAAGAAAACCAGAAUGGCUACAAAAACAUAUAUUUGGAAACGAGCAUAUUCCAUAUGGACAGGCACUGUUUGAAGAGCUUGAACCGGAAACUCAGGAAAGAGUCAUGCAAACAAUACGCGAAGACUCAAAUACAGACUAUGACAAACUCUUUCUAGGAUAUAGGUUACCUGAGAUGGGCGACCAGAGCCAAAAGGCAAAAAGGACAUGGGAAAUUUGCAACAUACUAGAUGAACAUAAUGCAAAGAUGCAACAACUUCAAGCAGAGGGCAAUGAAGGAAAAAGAAGAGUUAAAAACUCAGUCAGGAAGAAAGUAAAGCUUGGUCCACGUGGGUUCUAUUAUGACAUAUAA